CGGUCAUACGAUCAAUUGUGGACAUCGUGUGACCCUUUAGUUCCAAACCCGGCCGAGGCAGAGACGAGCUUGGCAAGCGGUUAUCGGAAAUUCUGUUAUCUGAUCUUUCUGAUCUUUCAUCGUCAAACAUCGUCAAAAAUGCUCGAUUUAUUCUCCGUGCCCGUGUUCGUCGUCGUCUUUCGGGAGACGCUCGAGACUGCUAUCAUUGUCUCGGUGCUGCUGGCUUUUCUGAAACAGACGCUCGAUGGAUCACAGCGCGAUGCUGGCAUUUAUAAAACCUUGCGCACACAGGUCUGGCUUGGAACGGCUUUGGGUCUUGCGUUAUGUCUUAUCGGUUCUGGUAUAAUUAUCGGAAUAUUUUAUAUCCUCGGUAACGAUACCUGGGCUGACCAUGAGUAUUACUACGAAGGAGUGUUUUCGCUCAUUUCGGCCAUCAUCAUCACCAUCAUGGGCGGUGCGUUGUUGCGCGUGGGUAAGAUGGAGGAUAAAUGGAAGACGAAAUUGGCAAAGGCGAUCGAGACACCAGUAACAGCUCAAGGAAAACGAGCAUGGUUGGUUAAUCUCUUCGAGAAGUACGCCAUGUUCGUGUUGCCCUUCAUUACUGUUCUUCGUGAAGGUAUUGAGGGCAUCGUUUUCGUCGCCGGUGUCUCAUUCUCUGCACCGGCUUCUGCCGUCCCUCUCCCCGUCAUCAUGGGGCUGAUGUUGGGCGGCCUUGUCGGAUAUGCUCUCUAUCGGGGCGGUUCAUCUGCGAAACUGCAAUAUUUCCUCGUCGCUUCAACAUGUCUUCUUUACCUCGUCGCAGCGGGUCUGUUCUCCCGAGCAAUCUGGCUCUUUGAGCAACAGCAGUGGAACAAGGUUGUCGGCGGUGAUGCCGCGGAACUCGGAGAUGGUCCUGGAUCAUACGAUAUCGACCGAAGUAUCUGGCACGUUAACUGCUGUAAUCCUCAGCUCAACGGUGGUGGAGGUUGGGCUAUUCUGAAUGCUGUUGUCGGGUGGAACAAUUCGGCUACGUAUGGAUCUGUGCUAGCCUACAACCUGUACUGGGUUUUUGUGAUUGCGCAAUUUUCCCUCAUGUCGUUCAAGGAGGAUCACGGACAUUACCCAUUGCUCAAGGAGGAGGACACAAGGACCGAUUAAUGUGUUGUUUGUUCCAGUAAAUACAUAUCCAUCGUGUGCGCCCAGAUACUCUCUACAUGUCCUUUUGGCUGUCUUGGCCGAAGCGUGCGCCUUGUCAAAGUGUAAAUAGCCCACGAUCGCUUCAAUUGCUUCACCCUCUUCGCCAACUGUCUUCUCCAACCUCCCCAGACGCCCUUUAGUCGUCGUAUCGCGGCUUCUUGCGAGGUCGUCCAGGUCCACGUGCAGUCUUGCGCUUCUCAGCAGAAGCGCCGCUAGCUAACUGCUUGGCCUCAA